AUGUCAGACCUGAAGCUACCAAAUCGAAGCUUAGCUGCUGUUAUAACUGAGGCAGGCAUCUGCCUUACACUGAACAUCACAAGCAUCAUUGGAAACAGUCUGGUUUGUAUAGCAGCAUACAGAAACCCAAACCUGCGAUCAACCACCAACCUGUAUAUCAUUGCUUUAGCAGUCAGCGAUUUGUUGUGCGCAACAAUUGAAAUGCCUUUAGCUUCUUCAACGCUUGUUAUUGGUAGAUGGGACUUUGGCGACGUCGUAUGCGAAAUUCAAGGCUUUGUUGAUGUAUUCACCACAUACGCGACCCCAGCAACCCUUGGUUUGACAGCAGUCAACCGCUAUGUGAAAAUUGUGAAGACGGCGAAACAUAAGAAAUAUUUUUCGCCCCUCAGAUCCAAAAUUUGGUUGUUUUGCGUUUGGACUUUUCUUGUGCUUUACCUUUUGACUGGUCGAACGACAAAUUUUCUCAGUUUUGAAUUCGUACCUGGCUUUGACGUGUGCGCCCUCGGUUUCGCAAAUCAGAGGGUUCGAGUCGUUCAUUUUUGCAUAACAUUCGCAUUGUUUUUCAUUGUACCGCUAUGCAGUGGUAUAUUCAGCUACUACAAGGUAUUAUCCACUACCCAUCAACAUCAAUUGAACACAGCUCCAUCGCUCGGCGACAGGACUAAUUGUGGAGGAAGAAGUUCAUUGAAGGAGAUACACGCUACUCGAGUCUUGUUGUACGUGGCCGCUGGAUUUUUGUGUUGCUGGAUACCAAUGUGGGCAUUCAUCCUUUGGAAGCGUUUCUCUCCAGAAACCUGUCCUAGAAGAGCAGCAAUUCUCGUCACGUUUUUCCUUUUUCUGAGCGCUACAAUAAAUCCUUUUAUUUACGCUUUCACAAAUUGUGGGUUCCAA